UGUUUUUUUCUAAGUCGUGACAAGUAACAUCUAAACGUUGGUGUAACCUAUAAAACUAGAAAGAAAACUGGCAAAUAAUAUAGAUUUCUGAAAUAAUGUUACAAAUAAAUUUAGUAAGGACACUAUUAAGGAUACAGGGCGCUUUUAACGUUCCGCUGCAACAGCUGCACACAGCCGCACCGAGCUAUGCAGCGGUCAAGAAAACUACUUCUGCAGCUGGUGGUGUGAUGGGCCUCGGUAAGGGCAAGAAAAAGAUGGGUAAGCUGGGAGCCAUGGAGAAGAAGGAGCUGCCGGUGGAGACAGAUCCCAACAAGCUGGUUAACUAUGUGUGCGGCUCCAACAUCUACGUCACCGGGGAGGAUGUUAAGUUGGGGCCGGACAGUGAGUACCCGUCGUGGCUGUGGGAGCUGCGCACGGUGGCGCCGCCCCUGGAGCAGCUGUCCCCCGACACCAAGCAGUACUGGCUGCGCGUGCGCGCCGCCGGCAUGAGGAGGAACAACAAGCUGCGGUCCAUGCGCAAGUUCUAGAACCAUCUAUAAGAGCCACUAUAAGCGACUUUCCCGGCGCGGUCCGCUAUCGCAUUGAUCUGCGACAUUACGCCGCUAUACCACAUACGAUAUAAAGACGCCAAAGUCAAUAAUUGUUAGUUGUUAAGUAGGUUUAAUGAUAAUGUUAAUUAUUUAGUAAAAUUUUAAUAGUAA